AUGUCUUCCAAUAGACCUCGUCAUUUGACUAACGACAAUAGUUUCAAUGGCCAUGCUGGUAGCACCCAAUCCUUGUCUACAGAUGGACAAAAUGCAGGAACCAUACAACUCAAGAACCCAUUCGAAACAUCAUCUUCAUCAGAAGAAGAAAUACGCACUAAAGAAAAUUUACCACCCAGAGGAGUCAAGGAAGCAAGCAACUCUAGUAUUGAGUUACUUAGUAAAUCAACGUCAUCAUCAGGGUAUCAACAACUGAAGCAACAACAACAACAACAACAACACCACCACCACCACCACCCUUAUAUUGGACUGUCUAGAAACUAUGGUAAUCAGCCCUACAGUGCUGAUGGAAGCUACAUUGAUGAAAGUGAAGCUAACUUGUUGAACAAUCCUUCAACGGCAUCCGACUACUCCUCUUCUUCUUUAACAUCAUCUUCCACUCCUGGUAUCCAAUUCAUACCACCAAAUACGCAACCUUACCCUUCAGCAUCGGGUACUACAACACCAACAAAUUUACAUCAAAAAUAUACACAAAACCCAGUGAGGGGCGAACAACUAAGCAUCAAAAGACCACCUUCGUAUGAUCGGUACCCUCUAAUAAAUGAAAAGAAAGCAAGUUCAAACUUUGCUAGUGAUUUCGAAGGAUCACUGUUGCAGUCUCAGUCUCAGUCUCAGUCUCAGUCUCAGUCGCAAUUUCAAAACCAACAGUAUCCGCCACACCCGGACUCGCCAUUUGCAACUCCAAUAAACUAUAAUAGUAAACAUGGUCAAGAAUAUUAUAAGAAAAUAGGACAAGGGCAGCAAGAUCAGCAACAACAACAACAACAACAACAACUUCUGCUGCUGCUGCUGAUGCAGAUGAUGCGAACUACAGACCCACAAUACUAUGGCGAGCGAAAAAACUUUAAUUCAAACUCCCAGAUAAACUCUCAAACCAACUCAUUAUACAAAUAUACAGACUAUAGUCCUUUUGGUGGGUACCCCGCCUCUUCAUUUCCUUUGGAUAUCAACGACAAAGAAGCAGACGACCAUUUGCAUAAUCCAGAUCCGAUACAGGAUGCCAAAUAUGAAAAGAAUAGAUUUUGGUACGAUUUGAAAAACGGAGACAGUAGAUCCCGAUUGGGAAUUGCCGGAUUUGUUUUUCUCUUGGCAGCAGCAAUUGCCGUAUUUGUUGUAUUGCCAAGCCUUACAUACACUGGUGUCACCGACCACAAGGCGGUUCCACUAACAUACCUGAUUUUAACCCAGUACAAGUACCCCACUCUCAGCGCGAUACGACAAUCUUUGAUAGACCCUGAUACACCACUGGAUGCAAGAACUAUUGAGGCUCGGGAUGGUAGUGAUUGGUCAUUAGUGUUUAGUGACGAGUUUAAUGUUGUGGGCAGAACAUUUUACGAAGGCGACGACCAGUUCUUCACUGCACCAGAUUUGCAUUAUGAUGCAACUAAGGAUUUGGAAUGGUACGAUCCCGAUGCCGUAACUACUGCUAAUGGCACAUUAACAUUACAAAUGGAUGCAUUCAAAAACCAUAAUUUGUUUUAUAGAUCAGGCAUGCUUCAAUCAUGGAACAAAAUGUGUUUUACACAAGGGAGAAUCGAAAUUUCAGCUAGAUUACCAAAUUAUGGAACUGUUUCUGGUCUCUGGCCAGGAUUGUGGACUAUGGGUAAUUUAGGUAGACCAGGAUACUUGGCCACAACUGAAGGUGUAUGGCCUUACUCGUAUGACUCGUGUGACUCUGGCAUCACGCCAAACCAAUCAUCCCCAGAUGGGAUCUCAUACUUGCCCGGACAAAGACUUAACAAAUGUACUUGCCCAGGAGAGUCGCAUCCCAACCCCGGUGUUGGUCGCGGUGCCCCCGAGAUUGAUUUAAUUGAAGCUGAGGUUAUGACUGAUGCCACUGGUAAAAAGGAGAAUAAUGGUGUUGCAUCACAAUCAUUGCAAAUUGCACCAAUGGAUAUUUGGUACAUGCCAGAUUAUAACUUUAUCGCUGUGCACAAUGACUCUGUCACAACAAUGAAUACAUAUGCUGGUGGGCCAUUCCAACAAGCAAUUAGUGGUAUAACCACAUUGAACAUAACGUGGUAUGAACGCAGUGAAAAACCUGGUCAGCCACACCUUUUCCAAAGUUAUGGCUAUGAGUACCUCAAUGAUAACGAUAAUGGCUACUUGCGUUGGUUUGUGGGUAAAACGCCUACACUCACGUUGCAAUCUACAGCGUUGCAUCCAAAUGGUAAUAUUGGAUGGAGGAGAAUCUCAAAGGAGCCAAUGUCCAUUAUUAUGAACUUGGGUGUAUCGAAUAACUGGGCAUACAUUGAUUGGGCUUCCCUAGUGUUUCCCGCGAUGAUGAGAGUUGAUUAUGUUAGAGUCUACCAGCCAUCAAAUGCUAUAAAUGUUGGCUGUGACCCUGACGAAUACCCAACAUACGAUUACAUUCAGGACCAUUUAAACAUUUACGAGAAUGUGAAUUUAACAAAUUUUGAAGAUGCUGGUUAUACAUUUCCAAAAAACUCACUCUUGGGAUGUUGA